CUUUACCCAGAAGCCACCGCGACGCCUCAACUUACAGAACUGGCUUCUUGGGGCUUCGGGAGUGUUUCCCAUUUAAACAAACAGUGCCGAAGAUGGCGGAGAGUUAAUGGUGUAAAGAAGAAAUUAUCGACCCGACACAGAGACAAGUCCACCAGACUCACUUGACCAACCCACAUAGGACCAAACUCCCAGAGUGAAGGGGAAGGGGGAAUCUGAUCAUCCAUCAUCUCGGCACCAUUUCAAGGUGCUGAUAUGUGUACACAAUGAGUGGACUGGGGGAGAACUCCAUGGAGCCUCUAAGUUCAGAAAAUCGGAAACGCAAGCUCUCCACUUGCGAAACGCCUGGUCUGGGGUGUGACAGGAAGCGUCGGGAGCAGGAGAGCAAAUACAUAGAGGAGCUGGCGGAGCUGAUCUCUGCCAACCUCAGCGACAUCGACAGCUUCAACGUCAAACCAGACAAAUGUGCCAUCCUCAAAGAGACAGUGCGCCAGAUCCGUCAGAUCAAAGAGCAGGGAAAAGCUUCAUCCAACGAUGACGACGUGCAGAAGUCAGACGUGUCCUCAACAGGUCAGGGGGUCAUCGACAAGGACCACCUGGGGCCGCUCCUGCUGCAGGCACUGGACGGCUUCCUGUUUGUUGUGAACCGGGAGGGCAGCAUCGUGUUUGUGUCAGACAACGUGACGCAGUACCUGCAGUACAAACAGGAGGAGCUCAUCAGCACCAGUGUGUACAAUAUUCUCCAUGAGGACGACAGGGAGGAGUUCCACAAGAACCUGCCCAAGACCAACAUAAAUGGGGUGUCGUGGGGAAGUGAGGCGGCCCGACAGAAGAGUCACACCUUCACUUGCCGGAUGUUGGUUAAAUUUGGCCAUGUCCAUGGCCCCAUGGAGGAGGGGCCAGCAGGGCCGCGCUACGAGACCAUGCAGUGUUUUGCUCUUACGCAGCCCAAGGCCAUGAUUGAGGAGGGGGAAGACCUACAGUCAUGUAUGAUCUGUGUGGCCCGUCGAGUUACAGCCAUGGAGAGAACAGAAAGUUUCAAUACCCGGCAUGAGCUCUCAGGUAAACUGAUCCAGAUUGACCAGAACUCUCUGCGAGCAUCGAUGCGUCCUGGCUGGGAGGAUUUGUUGAGGCGUUGUAUUCAAAUGUUCCUGCAGCACAGUGACGGGCAGCCAUGGUCACACAAACGCCACUACCAUGAGGCCUUUCUGCAGGGUCAUGCCGAGACGCCCUUGUACCGCUUCUCUCUAUCUGACGGCACUCCAGUCACAGCCCAAACCAAGAGCAAGCUGUACCGCCAUCCCAUGAACAACGAGCCGCAAGGCUUCAUCUCCACACAUUUACUACAGAGAGAACCAAACGGUUACCGCUCGUCUCAGGGUGGAAGCAUGAUGCCAAACACGAUGAGACAGCAAGGUGUGGGAGGCCCCAACCCCAAUGCCCAAAUGAACAUGAACAGUGGUGGAGGGAUGGGCAUGGGCGGCAUGAACAGGGGAUAUGGUACGAAUGAGCAGGGCCACAUGGGUCACAUGGGUCCAAUGGCAGGUAGCUCCAUGUACGGAGGUAGUGGUGGAGGUGGAGGCGGAGGUAUGGGCAACCGCAUGAUGCCAAUGAAUCAGAUGGGCCAGAUGAAUCAGAUGGGGCACAUGAAUCAUCCAGGCCAAGGCAUGCAGCACCCGCAGCAGCACCCGCAGCAGCAUCCGCAGCAGCAUCCGCAGCAGCAUCCGCAGCAGCAUCCGCAGCAGCAUCCGCAGCAGCAUCCACAGCAGCAGCACCCGCAGCAACAUCCACAGCAGCAGCACCCGCAGCAGCAUCCGCAGCAGCCCCCAUUUCAGAGCAGCGGCGGGUUUGGGCUCAGUGGCAUGAACAGCCCUUCAGGGAGCCCCAGAAUGGGCGGCCCCCAGCAGGGCCUCCUGAUGUCACCCAGGAAUCGAGGGAGCCCCAAAAUGGGUGCCAACCAGUUCUCACCAGGAGGCAUACACUCUCCUAUGAGUGGCAUUGGCAGUGGUGGAGGAGGUGGAGGGAGCACAACCACCUUUUCUAGUAGCUCCCUAAAUGCCCUACAAGCUAUAAGUGAAGGAGUUGGGAGUUCCCUCCCAUCCACCUUGAUGUCCCCCUCUCCAGCACUCAAACCAGACAGCUCUCCCAGCAUCCACUCCUCUUCUUCCUCUCAACUCAGCCAGCCAGUCAAACCAGGCCAAGAUGGCUCCAAAAGCCCAGCAGGAGGCCUGGGACCUGGACCUGGACCUGGUGACCAUCACCAUCCGAUGCACCAUCAGCACCAUCAUCCGCAUCCUCAAGCAGAGAGUUCUGGAGACCGACCAGACAGCCAGGCAGGUACAGUGACAAAAGAGUCUGGAGAAGGGAGCAAUGAGGCAGGGGCAGCGAGUGCCGAUCCUCCACGGAGGUUGCCAGACAGUAAAGGUCAUAAGAAGUUGCUGCAGUUGCUGACUUCCCCAACUGAGGAGCUGGGAAUAGGUGGUAGCGGACCAACAGGACCCCCAGUACCACCCACACCAACCAGCAGCAGUUCUGCCACAGGAGCCGAAAGUAAAGACCCUAGUGGAGGCAUGACUAGCCCAUCGUCCACUGGAGUGUCUUCCUCUUCCUCAGCCAGUGCCAAUUCAGGACAGGUAACAGGGCCUGGAGGAGUGUCGACAUCGAUUUCCUCUGCUCACUACACUGGCUCGUUGCAAGAGAAGCACAAGAUCCUCCACAAGCUCCUUCAAAAUGGCAAUACCCCAGAUGAAGUAGCUAAAAUCACAGCUGAGGCAACAGGGAAGGUGUCACUUGGAGGCCAGGAGACUGGUGAGGUAGGAGCAGGAGGAUCGGGGGCCGCGCCUGGGCUGAUCACAGAGCCUAAACAGGAGCAGCAUAGCCCCAAGAAGGAGAAGACUCAUGCCCUCCUCCACUACCUCCUCAACAAGGAUGACUCCAAAGAGCCAGUGGAUGUGAAGCCCAAACUUGAAGAACUCGAGGGGAAGGGACCCCCAGGGGCCGCUGGCGGCCCUCCACGAAACGGCCCUGGAUCAGGGCCCGGCCCUGCACCCGAGCAUCCUGAGAGCAAGAUCAAGUUGGAACCAGCUGAUGAUUUACAUAACCUGGAGUCUAUCUUGGGAGAUCUGAGAGGUUCCAGCUCUGACUUUUACCCAGAUCAGGCAGGAAGUGGAGGGGCCAACGAAACAGGAACAAAAUCUCAAGGUUGCCUUGACGACAACCUGCAGGGGAGUCCAGGAAUGGGUCCAGGCCCUCGGGGACCCUUCCAGAGGACCGUGUCCAUGGAUGGGAAGCCUCCCGGUGGUCCUGGAGGAGCAGGUAGACACACCAUGCUUAUCAAGCAGGAGAUGAUGGGCAGCCCAGACAGCUUCCCUGGAAAUAUGGGUGUGUGUUCAAGACCAAUGAAUAGAGGCAUGGUCCCUCAGAGGUCUCCCAUGGGAGGGUCCAGUGAGUGGGGCAUGCCGAGCUCCGGUGCCAGUCCUGUGGGCUCAGCGGGACACCCGUCCAUGAUGCGUCCAGGUAUGGAGUACAACAGUGGCAAGGGGAUGAUGUCAGGACCCAUGGUCAACCGCUCUAACAGUGUCCCGGGCACCAGGUCGAUGCUGCAGCAACAGCUCAUGGAUAUGGGAGGCUCUGCUGACAUGGGUAUGGGUCCCUUUAGCCAGCAGGGACAGCCUAACCAGUCCCCCUCCUGGCCAGACACCAUGAUGGGCAUGGAGGGUAACAGUCGGCGGCAGUUUGGCAGCACCUUGGAUGAUCUUCUGGUGCCUCCAACUACCAGUGAGGGUCAGAGCGACGAGCGAGCACUUCUGGACCAGCUGGACUCUCUGCUGAAUAACACAGAUGGCAUCGCUCUGGAGGAGAUAGACCGAGCCUUGGGCAUCCCAGACCUUGUCAGCCAGACCCAGGGGGGAGAGCAGCAGCUGGAACCUUUUCCGGGACAGGACCCGUCCAUGGUGCUCGACCAGAAGCCUCUGUAUGGACAGGGCUACCCUGGACCCCCCAGCAUGCCCAUGCAGUCGGGCUACGGAGGGAACCCCAUGCAGGGUCAGGCCCAGCAGGGUGGGUUUGGACCCAUGCUCUCACAGAUGGGACAAGGCGGCAGUUUCCCUGGUAUGGGUGGAAUGGGGGGCAUGGGACACCCUCGUGCCAACAUGAUGAGGCCAAGGAUGAUGAGUGCCAACAAGCCCAUGAGACUUCAGCUGCAGCAGAGGCUGCAGGGACAGCAGUUUAUGAAUCAGACACGGCAGGGCAUGGCCAUCAAGAUGGAGAAUCCGGGAGGAAACCCUGGCAUGAGGCCUGGUAUGCAGCCUGGCAUGCAGCCUGGCAUGGCAGGACAGCCCGGCUUCCUCAACGCUCAGAUGAUGGCUCAGCGCAGCAGGGAGAUGGUCAACCUGCAGAUGAGGAGGCAGCGCAUGAUGAUGCUGAUGCAGCAGCAGCACCAGCAGCAGGUGGCCGCUGCAGCCGCAGGAGGCUUCAGUCCCCCGCCCAACGUCACAGCUCCUGGAGGCAUGGACAGUCCUAUGGGAGGACCCAACAUGGGCCAGCCAGGCCCGCAGCAGUUUGGCUAUGGCGGUAACUAUGGAAUGGCACAGCAAGGAGACCCUUCGUUUGGCCCAUCAGGCGGCAGUCCUCCUAACGCCAUGAUGCCAGGCCGCCUGGGGCCUCAAAAUCCCAUGAUGCAACAGCAUCCACAGGGCGGUCCCAUGUACCAAGGUGCAGACAUGAAAGGCUGGUCGCAAGCAGGCAUGGCGCGCAGCAAUUCAUACCCUCAGCAGCAGUUUGGGCAGCAGGGACCUCCAGGGCAGCAGCAGUUUGGGCAACAGGGGAAUCCAGGCCAGUAUGGGGGCAUGAUGAUGAACGGGGGCAUGCCGGCCAGCGGAGGAGGAGGACAUAUGGGCCAGAUGGGAGGACAGAUGGGUAUGAACCCAAUGGUGAUGGGACGCAUGCCGAUGGGACCUGAUCAGAAAUACUGCUGAACACCGUGACGGAGGCGUUUCUCUCACUGUGAUCUCCGUUCAGAGGCGGUUACGCAGCUGCAGCGCUGGAGUGUGUGUGGGUGAUCAGGUGGUCGGUGCGUCUGUGUGUAAUGCCGCGUUCCCACCAGAUGGGGGGAGUGAGCUUCCUUCCCUUUUUUGUGGACUCAAUGGCCAGUAGAUGCAGUCUGGCAAAGUGAGAAAAAACACACGUUGGUCAUCACUGGAAACACUGUGACUCCUUCAGACAGUAAGACAGUCGUGUGUCUCCUCCUGCGGACUCUACUUUAAUAUUCCUCUCUUUAUGCAUUUACUGUGCGUAGUUCAGUAAACUCACAGCUCGCUGGACCAAACGGUGAACGUGGGAAGGCUUUUUUUUUUUUUUUUUUUCCGUAGAUCACAGACUCGGACUUCAGUGUGCAGAAAAUUCCUCUCCUUUAUCGAAUGUACCAAGAACCUGUGUUCACGUUUCCAGUGUGGGAUUCCUGUCUUCUUUCUCUGAACGCUGUGGGAUGUCUUUAUCCACCCCCGCCUCUCGACUGUUCUCACAAGAUCACAACACACACACACACACAAAGAAAAAACACGGUCCCAGACGACGAGCCAUCAAGAUUGUGACACUCAGAUGAAUGUCAUUGAGCAGCAGUAGCACGCACACACACACACACACACACAGUGUCGUUCCUCCGGUCCAGGACGCCGCUGGGCUAAAGUACGACUGAAUUAUUUGUUGGCUGAUUGCACUUUAAGGAAAGGCCAACAUCGAAAAAGGAUUGUGGCAAUAUAGAGGCCUUUACCCGAGAAAUAAUACAUAGCAGCAGACAUUUUAUCAUUUCUUUUUCGUCCUCUCCGAGUUUUCCUUCUCUGAGAGUCGGGGCGGUUGGCAGUGGGUAACCAUGACGAUCUUUGUUCUAAAGUGGGAGCCGACAGAAAAAGGCAGCAAGCACAGAUUUUAUCCUCUCUUCUACAGAUUUAUUACAUAGUUUUGUCUAGAAACAGACGGAUCCACGUCCUAAUAAAACUCCACUUGUAUUUCUACCUGAUCGACGAGGGGAUAAUUUUAUCAUUCCAGACGCGGUGAUUUUGAAAUAAUCCAAAAUGUUGCAGAUUAUUUUUGGUUACUUUGCACUGGUUUACAGUGUCGGUGGAAAUUAAAUUGAUUGUCAUUUGUAAAAAAAACUGAUAUCUGUAUUAUUAUUAUUAUUAUUAUUAUUAUUAUUAUUAUCAUUAGCACACGCUUAGAGGACGUCGUUAGAUUCAGCAUAGGUGUGUACAUUUUUUCUAGCAAUAAUCCUUUUCCUUUCUGGUUUUCCCUCUGAGGACAAAGGUGAAGCAUCGUGUACUCAAAGCGCGACGGUUGUGCAGUAUUAGACACAGUGUCUGGUUUGGAGCUUCUUCUUCUUCUUCUUUUUCUUUCUUUCUUUCUUCUUUAUGUCUGUGAAUAUGAAUUGUAAAUAUGCUUCAAAUGUACUAUAUAAAUAUAUAUAUAUAUAUAUAAAUAUAUGCUUUUGUAGGUCAUAUACUGUUUUUUGCACAGAUUGUAAGGCUCGAUAUUUAAAAGUGUAAUUUUCUUAUUCCGUCAUAGGUCAGCUUUUAUUUUCAGUACGUUAAAAGCGUCGGUGGGAAGGGAAGGGAGUCCUCUCUCUGAGCAGUACGUGUGGAUUUUUCUUGUCUUGCUGCCACGUUUUUUAUUUAAUUUCUCUUUAUUUUUCCGAGGACAUAGUCUUAGCAAAACAGGUGCUAGUGAGUAUAUUUCUUUUUUAAUUAUUUUUCUCUGGCAAAAAAAAAAAAAAAAAAAAACACAAAAAAACAACAAAAACAAAAUACGCCUACGUGAAAAAGAGUUGACACACGAUUGUGUUCGGCUUCAAAAGGCCCGGAUGUCUUACCAGUGUGUGUGGGGUUGAUAUUUUCUGACCUUUAACCUCAUGCUUGCGUGCGUGUGUGUAUGUGUGUGAUUUUUUUUUUUUUCCCAUUCCUGAGAUUUCUGAGCUCUCAUCCUCAGACGUGAGAAUGUGGAAAUCAGUGUCAGUGUCUAACCGUGUGUAGCUGUCCUUUAGUUUGUCAACAUAAUACGUUUAAUCCCCGACGGAAGUGACACAAGAAAGCAUUUAAAUAAUCCCUGUUUGCCUUUAGUUUCUUCUUAUGUUCCCCCGUGAAGCUCAUUUUUUAAUCUCCUGCUCAAUCCAAAGAUUUCUUUUGUUCCGUCAUUCUGCAGUGCGUAGAAAAUGUUCCUGAUUUUAGAUCGUGUGCAAGUGCUCGUGUGCUUUUACCGUCGCACAUAUGAUACCUAUGAUAUACAUUGAGCUAAAUAUGUUUAAUGACAUAUAUUAUUAUAUCCCCAUCUGUAUGACAUAGAGUAGAGAUGAGUCUGCUUCUAACUGAGGUGGUUUGACUUUUUUUGUUUCUGUUUGUGAUCGUUUCCUUCCCUCCCUCUCUCUCUCUCUCUCUCUCUCUGUUGAACUUUUAACACCCUGUUUAUUUGUGGUGCUGCAAAAAAACGGUUAUUUCUCCAGAGAACGUUCAUCUGGGAAGUGAGGAUUUAUGAUUGAUGUCAUUAUGUCUCAGAAUAUUAGACUUUGUUGUAUUUUUAUUAUUGUUAUUAUUAUUUUAAAAUCACAAUCUCAAUGAAGAAUAUGAAAGAUUGAUCUAUAAGUAUUAGGAAAUUGUGUUUUGCUUGAACGGAAGGAGCCGCGGAGCUAAAGAGAAGUCGCAUCUGGGGAAACUUUUCGUCGUUAUUACGAGAUGUAAAAUACUAUUGCAUUUUUUUCUUACCUUGUUUCUUGAUGUUAAUAUCAAUGUAAAUAUAAAUUUAUAUUUAAACAUUA